AAAACACACUUACCUCCAACACUGUGCAUGUUUGGAUCUGUGGCUUGUUUAUGGGGAUUUGGAAUCAUAAGCGAUCAGUGUUUGGUUUUGUUGCUUGGUUUUAUUAAGCCAUGGAUCAAGGGUGGAAAAGGUUACUCUUGUUAGUAGUCUUCCUGCAAUUUUGGAAGAAUGCCCCUGGUUUUGCAUAUUCAACUUAUCCAAAUGCUGGCCAGUGGUGGGGUCAGCCAUCUGACAACGCUUUCUUGCCUCUUGUGGUCCAGUCUUCUGUGCCAGAAGCCCCAGUGACUGGGGUUUUGCUUGAAGAAGUGGUCUCUCGUUUGCCGAAAAACAACCCCAAGUUUAAUCUGCUUCAGGUUGUUAAAGGUGGUGUUUCCAGCAGUUCUGACUCCACACCCCAAGCUCUGCCUCCAAAUACCCCCUCUUCAGCUUCUCAGUCUGUGGAUCAAUCUGGGAUGAGUGGUGUAGUGUCACUUCAGGGCUCGUCUGGAUCCACCACUACAAGUGGUUCUGGACAAAUUGUCUUUGCACAAGGGGGAAGUGGCGGCUUUGCUUCCAAGACUGCAGUUUCUGGCCAGUCCACUAAUGACCAGAGCUCCCCUGGUCUGUCUAGUUCAGUUUCUCAAAGUGCCACCUAUGGUGUAACUACCCAAGGUACAAGUCCGUUUGCUCCAGGGUCUUCAUCCCCAUAUGCAACCAUAUCGUUGCCCAAAUAUGUUACUAGCCAGCUGACAGCUGGACCAAGUUCAAAGCAAGUUACCUCUGUCUAUGGCACCCAGACCGGACCCUCUGCCCCUUUCACUUUGCAAGCAAGUACCACAUAUGAUGGAAGAAUCGAGACUCCAGAUACCACAAGUCCGUUAGUUUUAGGAUCUUCAACCCCAUAUGUAGCUGUAUCAUUGCCCCAAGUAACUAGUCAAUUGACACCUGCACCAAGUACAAAGCAGGUUACCUCUGUCUAUACCACCCAGACAGGAUCCCCUGCUCCUUUCACUUUGCAAGAACUACUCCAGGGUCAAGAUUCAACAAGCCAGGUUGUUUAUGAAUCUUCAACCCCAUACGUAUCUGUAUCAUUGCCCCAAGUUGUUACUAGUUCGUUGACACCAGUGCCAAGUUCAAAGCAGGUUACUUCUGUCUAUGGCACUCCGAGUGGUUCUUCUGCUCCCUUCACUCUGCAAAGACUACUCCAGGGUAAAGGUUCAACAAGCCAGGUUGUUUCAGUACCUUCAACCCCAUAUGUAGCUGUAUCAAUGCCCAAAGUUGUUACUAGUCAGUUAACACCUGUGCCAAGUUCAAAGCAGGUUACCUCAGUCUAUACCACCCAGACAGGAUCCCCUGCCCCUUUCACUUUGCAAGAGCUACUCCAGGGUAAAGGUUCAACAAGCCAGGUUGUUUCAGUACCUUCAACCCCAUAUGUAACUGUAUCAACACCCCAAGUUGUUACUAGUCUGUUGACACCUGUGCCAAGUUCAAAGCAGGUUACUACUGUCUACACCACCCAGACAGGUUCCCCUGCCCCUUUCACUUUGCAAGAACUACUCGAGGGUCAAGAUCAAACAAGCCAGGUUGUUUAUGGAUCUUCAACCCCAUACAUCUCCGUAUCGUUGCCCCAAGUUGUUGCUAGUCAGUUGACAUCUGUGCCAAGUUCUAAGCAAGUUACUUCUGUCUAUGGCACCCAGACCGGAUCCUUUGCACCUUUAACUUUGCAAGAAAGUACCACAUAUGAUGGUCUGAUCCAGACUGUAGAUACCACAGAUCAGUUAGUUUCAGGAUCAACCCCAUAUGUAGCUGUAUCAUUGCCCCAAGUAACUAGUCAGUUAACACCUGUGCCAAGUUCAAAGCAGGUUACUACUGUCUACACCACCCAGACAGGUUCCCCUGCCCCUUUCACGUUGCAAGAACUACUCGAGGGUCAAGAUCAAACAAGCCAGGUUGUUUAUGGAUCUUCAACCCCAUACAUCUCCCUAUCGUUGCCCCAAGUUGUUGCUAGUCAGUUGACAUCUGUGCCAAGUUCUAAGCAAGUUACCUCUGUCUAUGGCACCCAGACCGGAUCCUUUGCACCUUUAACUUUGCAAGAAAGUACCACAUAUGAUGGUCUGAUCCAGACUGUAGAUACCACAGAUCAGUUAGUUUCAGGAUCAACCCCAUAUGUAGCUGUAUCAUUGCCCCAAGUAACUAGUCAGUUGACACCAGUGCCAAAUUCGAAGCAGGUUACCUCUGUCUAUGGCACUAUGACUGGUUCUUCUGCUCCCUUCACUUUGCAAAAACUACUCCAGGGUAAAAGUUCAACAAGCCAGGUUAUUUCAGUACCUUCAACCCCAUAUGUAGCUGUAUCAUUGCCCCAAAGUGUUACAAGUCAGUCGAUGACCGUGCCAAGUUCAAAACCGGUUACCUCUGUCUAUACCACCCAGACUGGAUCCUCUGCCCCUUUCACUUUGCAAGAACUACUCCAGGGUCAAGAUUCAACAAGCCAGGUUGUUUAUGAAUCUUCAACCCCGUACGGAUCCGUAUCAUUGCCCAAAGUUGUUACUAGUCUGACACCUGUGCCAAGUUCAAAGCAGGUCACCUCAGUCUAUUCCACCCAGACAGGAUCCUCUGCCCCUUUCGCUAUGCGAGAACUACUCCAGGGUCAAGAUUCAACAAGCCAGGUUUUUUCAGGAUCCUCAACCCCAUAUGCAUCUGUGUCAAUGCCCCAAGUUUUUACUAGUCAGUUAGCUGGGCCAAGUUCUAAGUCGAUUACUGCUGUCUACGGCUCUCAGACUGGUUCCUCUGCUCCUUACACUUUGCAAGGAAGCACCACAUAUGGUGGACUAAUCCAGCCUCAAAAUGCCAAAGAUGGGUCUUCUACAGGAUCCUCUGUCCUCCAGACCUCAACCGGUGACAUUUCUAAUCCUUCCAGCAGCUUUUCUACCCUGAAACGUUAUUACUCUGUCAAGGGUUAGGAAACAGUUCAACUGCUGUAUGAUGCAAUCGUCCUAAACUGAUUUUAUUAAAACUUUGAAGUCAAGUUUCCUAUGCAUGUAUGAGUUAUUUUUGGGUGUGGGAAGUUUAGU